CGCUCACACUCUCAGUCCCAAAUGUAUCAUUGAUUGCAUUAAUAAGAAUUGGUCUUUGGAUAUACGACAGUCUAGUGUCCUUUCUCAUUUUCUCAGCUACCUAGACCCUUAUCGAUCCGACAAUUUGACAGGAUCUCGAUUCCAUACUAACCCUGAGCUACUGCUUCAUUCCCCAUGAUAACCUUUGUAUCUUCUUCUAGUUUCACUCCUCUUUCCAUUAUUUUCUUCCGGGUUCCUAUUAUAUUCGCAGUUCGUCCGUAUUUUCGGUAGGUACGGUGUCUACCAUACCAUGGAGAAACUGAGCUACCAAAAGAGACUCCAAUAUCUAAGGGAGCUGGCAAAUGGAGACUCAACUGCCCACAAGCUCAUAAAUGCAAUCCAAUCAAGGGGCAAGAGAGAGUUGUGCCAAGCUGCUGAACAAAUAAUCCUUGCCCUAGAUCUUACCAUUAGGCCACCGCUCGAUGAUGGAAAUGCAAUUCGUUUCCAUGUCAAGAAAAUGCUCGAACACCUUGCCAGAAUUGCUUUGCUCUUGAGUGAUUCCGAUAAGGAUCCUACUUCUACCAUGUUCCUUAGAAUCAAACCCUUGCAGGAAUUGCUCGAGAGUAUCGCCAAUAGCCUAGGUCUGAAAACCGAAGUUGUGGCAAAACACGACAAAGAGUGUAAUGGAACCAAGCGUUACCUAAUGCCGAAUUUGAAACCGCACCAAAUACUCACCGAGUACCAGAGGGACGCCGUGAGGUUCAAUGUGGAGCAUUACUUGCCAAAAGAGGUGCAGAGGGAUAUAAGGAACCGGCACCCUUCAUCUUUCCUGAGGUGGCGGUGUCGCUACAUUGAGUUGCAAAGGAACCAGAGGCCGUCUGGAACAACGGAGCAUAACAUAUAUAUAUUGCGGGAAGGAAACGAGAACUACUAUUGGAUCCUGAAGUCGACACCGAGAGAGCUAGCGGCUGAGUUAUUCGAAGCAGGGCUAGUGAGAGUCAUGGAUAUUGAGGCAGGGGAGAAGCUGAAGGAGUUCCCUUCAGUUAUCUACAAAUCCUUGGAGAGGGAAAGAUCUCUCAGCCCCCAUAAGGACCUUAUGCUUUUGGUGCAUUGCACUCCGCCUGAAUGGAACGAAGCCAUUGUUCGUCCGAGCUACCAUCUAAUUCGAGUGACGGAGCAAAUUGGGAUCCCGAACCCACCAGGGUCCCGAGAGCUUAGUCCGAAAGAAAUAACCGAGGAAUUCAUUGCCAACAGAAAGGCCCAGUGCCUAGAAAACAUGUUCCAGAUGCUUCGGAACGAUCCGUCUUGGACUAGCGUUUCAGGCACUCUGAGGAUUCUGAUCCAGAAGAAGCUCAAGAGGAAGGAGAAGAAGCAGGAGAAGGAGCUGAGGGAGGAGUUCGAGAAGGGGAUAAUAGAAGCGACCCACGACAUGUCAGACUUGGCUCGUGAGAGACUAUUGUCAGAGAUGCAAGUUUACAAGCCGAAGGCACCUGCUGUUGAUGCCGGCCUGAACAGGGAAAAGGUUGAGCAGUUUUUGGGUGAAAACUUAGACGGUAAAGACGGGAUGGAACGCGAGGAAAAUCACGCUGUCGAUGUUUAGCAUGCUUCACGGUCUAGGCUAAGUGAGUUCAUUCGUGCCUAUGUAUCGAAUGUCAAAUCUCUUAUGUUGCUAAUAAGAUGCCGAGUAUGAAUGUAGUCUAUGAAUGCUAAUGACUUAUUUGGUUUCAUAGUAGGAUUUUAAAAUCCUACUUUAAUUUAAUUCUACCCAUAAUAAAACAAA